UGUGAGGCCUGGAUGGAAGGAUCAGAAACUGAAGACUCAAGUUUGGGAACUUAAUCAGAAGCAAACCCAGUGACUAAUAAUGAAUUUGUGAAAUGGAAAAACUUUAAUGAUAAAAAAAAAAACAAACAAAAACUGAGAAGUUUCACUUGCUCUCAUCUUGGGAUACACCAGCAUGGAAGUUACUGAGGCUUUUGCUUUCGUUCAAAAAUAAUGCUGAUGUUGUAACAAAGGUUUGUUUUGGAGAGAUGCCAAAUGAGAAAAUGAUUAAACCGGCUGCCAGCAGGAAUGCAAGUCACUAUCAGAUUCAACAGUUUCAGUGUGUGUGUACAUGACAUUAGGUGAAGGUCUAAAUGAGGGACACUGACCCAAAUUUUAAAUAAAGACACCAGAGCAUCUGACCAACACAGAGAUGAGAGACAGCAACAGAACAAUGUGGAAGAUUUCUUGUUCCACUUUUUUGUUUUCUUAAGAGGACCAUUUGUAAAAUGCAGAGGUUUGGAUACAUUCUUCAACAGAGUUAGUACCAAAAGCGUUUUCCUGACUCCGUUAGUCUAAUCCAGGCUGUGCCAUUCAUCUGCAACAUGACAGCUGCCACUGUGUUAAGGACUGAGGAAGCAGUCAGAGUCUGAUCCAGCAAGCAGAAAAUAUAUUUCACAACUGGAGUAGCAGUAGCAGCAGGUUACAUAGAAAUACCAGUGGUGGACACAAUCUGCAGUGGCUGCAGGCUACAUCUUUUCCUUCUGCCUCUUCAUCAUCUGCAGCUGCAACUUCACCACCUGCAGCAAAGGAGCAUAAUCAAAUCUUCAACAAAUUCAGAGUCUGGCUCUCCCCUAACCUGCAGAAAUCUCAGAUCUCCGUCUCUGCUGCUGUUGACAUGGCAUCACUAGCUCUGGAGCUGAUGGGCUUCUUCUUGGGCCUCCUGGGCAUGCUGGGAACCCUGGUCGCCACGGUGCUGCCCUACUGGCAAAUUUCUGCUCACAUCGGCUCUAACAUCGUCACGGUUGUGGCAAACAUGAGGGGCCUGUGGAUGGAGUGCGUCUAUCAGAGCACAGGGGCCUUCCAGUGUGAGACCUACAACUCCAUGCUGGCUCUGCCGGCUGACCUCCAGGCUUCCCGCGCCCUCAUGGUCAUCUCCGUCGUGUUGUCUGUCCUUGCGAUUGGCAUAGCGUCUCUAGGGAUGCAGUGCACUCUUUGCUUGGAGAACGCGGGGACGGUUAAGAGUCGUGUGGCUGGAGCUGGUGGGGUUUUGUUUCUUGCUGCAGGUUUCCUCUCUCUGGUACCCGUGUCAUGGACCACACAUGAGGUCGUCCAGACCUUCUACAGCCCAAACAUACCGGCCGGCAUGAAGUACGAGAUCGGCGAGUGCCUGUACCUCGGCCUGACCUCCGCGCUCAUCUCCAUGCUGGGUGGUGGACUGCUGAGCGUCUCCUGCUGUGUGGAGGAGGAGGGCGGCCGGGGGAGGCGGCACGGGUUAGGAUAUCCGUACCCAGUAGGAGUUGGGGUGUCUGGCACAGGCGCUCGGACAACUUCACAGACCUACCGCCACCCCACCCUGCAAAUGGGGGCUGUCAACACAUCCAGCAGGGCGCAGACAAUGGUCCGAAGUACUAGUACCUCAGAGUCCAGCGCUCAGGGAGCCCCAGGAGCUAAGAAGCCCACUGCAGCAGGGUAUGACAUCACAGGAUAUGUGUGAUGUGGUUCCAGCACUCCGUGAACUGAACACCAAACACAACUUCAGAUUAUGUAAAGGUACUGAAUAUUGAAUAUGGAGGCAACAUUUUAGUGGACUUUUCAAGCUAUCUUCAUUGUAUCCAUGAAGUUAUUUUCAAUGUGAUAAAAGUGGUUUCUUUAAAGGACAAGUACAGUGGCCCUGAAGUUCAAACCUCAUCAACAAAUUACUCAGACCUACUGCUUCUGUUUUGUUAAAGUCAUUGUGUUUUCUAAUUUGUAAUUGUGCUGAGUUAAUGCUGUGUUUUUUUUAAAUUUGUUAUUUUUAUUGUGUUUAGUUAACGUUGUUGUGUUUUUAAAUUUGUAGAUUUGUUGAAGUGGUUUUCACUUCAGGGCCACCGAAGAACAAAACUUCUUUUUCCAAUUCAACUGGAUUCAAGUCAGAUUUCCUGAAUGAUUGGUAAUAUUUCAUAAUAUCAAAACCUCCAAGGUGUUUUUUUAGGUUUAUUUCAGACAUUUUACAAGAACAAAGCAAUGAGAUGGAAAGACAACGAAGCAGAGUCAGCAAAAAUAAACAGCAGAUUAAUAAAUGUUCAAGGCUUCCCCUCUGCCUAUGAUUCAUCAGUAGGGGUGGACAAUGUGGACUUAGAAUUUCAUCUCAGUAAUUUGUGGUAUUAUUGUGAUAACAUUAAAAUGUAUGCUAUAAAAUUCCCACUUACUGCCUUUUUAGGUAGCUGCAUGGCACAGAAUUCAACACAAAUAUUGAUCUUAAAAAAAAAGCAACAAAAAAACAUUUCCAUUUGAAAUAUGGAAAUUGUGAUUUAAAUCACAUAACUGAACACUGUAGUUGAAUUUACUGACAUUGAGACAACGAUAAAUCAAAAAUUCUCAUAAGAAGCUUUUCACAAUAAAUAAUAAAUGAUAUGAUAAAUUGUUUAUCCUUAUUCAUCAGUUUCUUGUUGGAAAAGUUGUAAAUACAGCUGGGAACUUAUAUAAUCCCACCCACUUUGUCUUUAAACAUCUUUCAUCUACUUAAUUAAUGCCAGUUAAUAACAACUAAUGAAUUACAUUACUAAUUAAAUAAAAAUGUAAUUAAAUAAAAAUGUAUAGUAAUACAAUAAUUCUAUUUAACGUUCAGUUCUUGUCCUCAUUCUAAACAAGAAACAUCCAUGUAUAAUUUUAACAGUUUUAAGCCUUCACACUGCUUCAGCUGCACCUUGUUGUAUAUGCUGGUAAAACUUUUAAAUUUAAGCUGCCCCUCAAAUCAUGUCCUCCCUCCCUCACGAAGCUUGAACAUUUAUUGGUAAUAGAUUAAAGUAAAGCCUUAUCUUGCCCUGCUUUUCAAAAAUGUUUAGUUAGAGCAGUUUAAGAAGUAAAGUAAGCCAAAAUAAAAUAUAUCACAUUAAUAUAUAAAUUCUUAUAUAAGCGAAAUGUUUGGGUCCAGUUUGUGGAUGCUGAUACCAAACAACCACCAAAUGAAUGCUGAUGAGUAUUUUAUAUUUGCUGUAAUUAUGAUUUUUAUUGGGUUUCAGUACCUCAACUAAUCUCAACUUCUUGAAAUCUUUCCCUUCAGUCCUCUAUCAGUUAGGAGACAUUUUGAUAUGAAACCAGCGAAAUUGCCAAAGUAUUAGUGGGCCUAAAUAGAAAAGAAAAUGUGUAAAAGUGCUUGUUUCUUAAGUAUCAGUAUAAUGUAUUUGGGAAUAUGUAAUUAUGUAAACUACAUUUUCCUCUUUUCACUAUAUUCACUUUGCCAAAUUUACACACGACAAAAAUAUUCACAUCUUUUUUAUUGACAAAUAAAGGUCAAUUGCAUUCAA